AACAGUUAUGUUAUAUAUUCUUGUUCGGUAUCUUAGACAUACUUUUGUAAUUUAAACUACUUGUUUAACAAUCCAAACAUGGAAUUAUUAGUGAAUUAACAUUAGUGUCUUUUUAAAUUAUGAAAUAGUAUAUCUAUAACAGUGUAUGUACAUUAGUUUCAAAUUUUUAGCGAAUACUUUAAGUUUUUAGUGAAUAAUUUAAAUACUUAGUGUUAAAUUUCAUUUGAACUGCAAUGAACUUUAAGGUUAAAUGCCAAAAGAUGAAUUAAAUCAUUCAUAAUUUUUAAUAAGUAUUUAAAAUUGAAUAAUGAAAAUAUAAUAAAGCGAAGAAAAUAUGUCCUCUGAGUCCUAUAAAGUUCGGCAGAAGAAUGAAAUCGAGGUUUUAAAGAGCAUUUUUGGAGAAGAAAUCCGUGAUUUACGACGCGAGAAACGAAAAUGGCAACCAUUGAACAUAAUAAUCUCUUUGAUGCCUCAGAAAAGCAUGUCACUGGCUGAAGCAUACGCACAAAUUGAUUUACAUGUAAUAUGCACUGAUAAGUAUCCUGAUGAAGUACCAAAUAUACAGUUAGAAAAUAGCAAAGGUUUAUCUCAUCAACAAGUUGCAGUAUUACAUAAUGAUUUAAUGCAGCUAGCAAAACAAUUACAGGGGGAAGUAAUGAUCUUUGAUUUAGCACAACAUGUUCAGAUAUAUUUGCACGAGCACAAUAAACCAAGCUAUAGUAGCUUUUAUGAAGAAAUGGUUUCUCGACAUCAAGAAAGGAUCGAACAUGAAAAAUUAGAAAAACAGUUGAAGGAAGAUAAAGAAAGACAGAUAUUACAGGAUGAAAUUCAAAAAAGACAAGAAGCUUUAAAAGCUGAGCGGAAAGAAUUUAUUCGUUUAUAUAAUGAACAAACAAAUGAUGCAUCUCAGUCAAUACCAUCUUCUUCGUCUCCAGAGAAAUCACAAUUUUUAUGCAAACAUAAAGGCACGAAAUUAUUAAACUUCGAUCAUCAGAAAGAGGAACGACAAGUAUACAGAGGAAAAUGUAUGGGACAUAGUACCAAGGGAUCAGUCGUUUAUGCAAGUGUAGAUAUGACAACUGGGGAAUUGUUUGUAAUUAGUGAGUGGACAUUAAAAGUAAAUAAUAAAACUGAAGAAAAUAAUAUUCAGCAUAUUAUGAAACAAGUAGGAAGUUUAGAACAAGAAUUAAAUCAUUUACAUAAAUUACAUCAUCCAAAUCUUGUUCAUUAUUUAAGCAUGAAAUACCUGCAGGAGGAGGAAAAUGUAGUUAUUUAUGUCCUUCAAGAAUUUGUGGCAGGCACAAGUUGUUCCGUUUUUUUAUUGGAAAACAUUCCUGUGAAUAUCGAUUUCCUUCGAUAUCUAGCAAAUGGUAUUCUCUCUGCUUUAAAAUAUCUCCACGAGAAUAAUGUUGUACACAAGGAUCUACGGGAUUCUAGUGUCUAUAUUGAUAACACAGGAACACAUGCAACAAUUAAUCCUGAGCCAAAUUUUCCAAGUAUACAAGGCAGAAGUGGAAAAAAAGCAGAUAUUUAUCGUUUUGGUGUUCUUAUAUUUUCUUUAUUAAAAGGAAUCAUAGUUUCUGGAGAUAAAAUUGAUCCAACAAAAAUUGUACAGCCUAAUCUUCAAGAUUUCUUGUUAAAGUGUCUUAAAAAAGAUGAAAGAAAACGUUGGUCAGCUGAACAGCUAUUAGAGCAUUCUUUCAUAAAAACACCUUUAAUCCAUGUAUCACCAUUAAAUUUACCAAAUUUACCACAAGAAGAUGAAGAGAAGAAACAUCAACCAGAAGAACUUGAUACAGAUAUUAGACAAUAUGUAUCAUCGUUAGGUGGUCAUUCAAGAAUUGCAAACGAAUUCGAAAUUCUUGAAUGGCUUGGUAAAGGUGCUUUCGGUGAUGUUCUAAAAGUAAAAAAUAAGCUGGAUGGUGGAAUUUAUGCUAUUAAGAGGAUAAAACUGAACCCAAAAAAUAAACAACUUAACAAAAAAAUUACAAGAGAAGUGAAAUUGUUAUCUCGAAUGAAUCAUGAAAAUGUAGUACGAUAUUACAAUUCGUGGAUAGAAAGUGCUGUAAUAACUGAUACAGUGGAAGAACAAGAAUCCAAGGCAUCUUCCGAAAGAAAGAGUUCAGAACCGGUUACUAAUUUAGGAACAGAUGAUAUUGAAAAAUUUGCAUCACCUGAGCUUGAAUGGAAUGUUUCAUACAAAUCUCGAACAACUGACAGCGAUGAGGAUAACAGUGAUGCAUCAAGUGAUACUGACAGUGACGAAGAUGUUGCAUUUUUAAUGCACAAUUUGUUGCAAAUGGAUUUUUCCGAUAGUAUAGAGUUUGAAAGAGAUCCAAACCAGGCAUCUACAUCAAAUACAAAAACUGAUGAAAGUGAAAAGACGAUUGAAUCGAAAGAAACGGUCCGAGAAAUUCAGUUUAUGUAUAUUCAAAUGGAAUUCUGUGAAAAGAGUACUUUGCGGACGGCAAUUGAUCGCGGACUUCACGAAGAUCAAGAAAGAGUAUGGAGACUAUUUCGAGAAAUUGUGGAAGGUUUAGAGCAUAUUCAUAAACAAGGAAUGAUACAUAGAGAUUUGAAACCAGUAAAUAUAUUUUUGGAUAGUAACGACCAUGUAAAAAUUGGUGAUUUUGGCCUAGCAACUACAAAUAUACUUUCAUCCUUGGCACAAACCGUAGAAAUCGAUAAAGAAUCUCAGGGUUUUGAAAAAGGCACUGGUUCUUUCGCCACUGAAGAUGUUGAGUCUCUAACAGGACAAGUAGGCACGGCACUUUAUGUAGCUCCAGAACUUACAACAAAAGCAGCGAAAGCUAUUUACAAUCAAAAGGUCGAUAUUUACAGCCUUGGAAUAAUAUUGUUUGAAAUGUGUUACAAACCUCCAACUACAGGAAUGGAACGAAUUAAAAUUUUAGCGAAUUUACGAAUGAAAGAAAUUAUACUUCCAGAAGAAUUACAAGCUGAUAUGCCACAACUAGUUCAUAUCUUACGAUGGUUAUUAAAUCAUGAUCCUAGCCAACGGCCCACUGCUCAAGAACUUCUUUCUUCGGAAUAUUUGCCUCCUGCACAACUCGAAGAGACGGAAUUACAAGAAAUGAUUCGACACACGCUUUCCUAUAAUCAAAGCAAAGCAUAUAAAUAUUUGAUUUCAUGCUGUUUUAUGCAAGAACUUAGUCCUGCAGAAGAUAUUACUUUCGAUAUGAAUUUUCCUAUUAAAAAACAUAUUAAUUCUAUUACUUGGAAAAGGCAUGAAGAAGGAGUAAAAGGCAAAGUAAUUGAAGUUUUUCAAAGACAUGGAGGUGUUUAUUUAGGCACUCCUCUUUUCGUACCAAAGUCAGAUCAAUUCUGUAGUUUCUCAUCUUCUGCUGUAAAAUUAAUGACUCGUAAUGGGAACAUUGUUUGUAUACCUCAUGAUUUACGCGCUACAUUUGCAAGAUAUAUUGUAUGGAACAAUGUGUCGCACAUUAGAAGAUAUGCUAUUGAAAAAGUCUUCAGAGAAAAAAAGACGCAUUUAAUAAGUUUAUGUUUAACUGAUCAAGCUAUGGAGACGUUAUUUAAUUUGUUUGAAACUGAAAGUUCUGUUGCUAAAAUUCAUAGUAUUUUAAAAACAAUUACACGAAGAAAAGGAAAUGCUGCUGCUUUAGCUAAAAAAGGAUUAGAAGAAAUUGAUCUAGUUAUGAAGAAUAUUGAAGCACUUGGUGUAAAGUGGCCAAUAUUGGUAGUACCUCUUCUAGUACACAAUAUUAAUCAACAUAGUGGUAUAAUUUAUCAAAUUACUCAUGAGAUUACACCUAAAAAAAAAGGUGGAGAAGUAAUAGCUGCAGGAGGUCGUUACGAUAAAAUGCUCUGUUCUUUUAAAAAUAUUCUCGAACGUACAGGAAUGGCCAAUAAAGAAAUUAAGCAUUAUGGUACCGGAAUUAGUAUUUCAUUAGAGAAACUUGUUUCUGCAGUUUCCGAAACUUCAGGAUCUUUAGAAUGUAAAAAUGGAAUCGACAUUGCCAUGUCUUGUAUGGGAAAUUAUCAUCGAGGAAAAGAGAUGAUUGAUCUUUUAAAAGAAUUAUGGUUUCUUGAACUCAAAGUUACAAUUAUAGAUCUAGUUUCCCUCGAAGAAAUCCUUGAAUAUUGUCGAGAAAACUUUAUCAAUCAUGUUAUUCUUUUAAAAAGCGAAGAAAAAGGGAGUGUAAUAAUUCAAAGUUGGGAACGUGAUAGAUUUCAAGAAAAAAAAAUGAAUAAUCAAGAAGUAGCAGAAUUUUUCCAAAGAUUAGAUAGCUCUUUGUCUGGUUUAAGUAAAUCCGAGAGCAAAAUAGCAACUGAAAAUUUUUUGAGUACCAACAAUCCAGUUAAUGUUAAUAUUAAUUUUAUUUUAUCUGAAAGAGAUAAACUUUCUAGUGGCUCUAGAAGAAGUUUGAAAAAUUCUAUAAUUGCACAGAUGUCUACAUAUUUCCAGAGGAUUUCAUCUAAAAUUCCGAUUGAAAUAUUGGCAGUAUUUUUACAAAUGAAUACAUUCAAGAUAUAAGAAGUAUAUAAAAGAGAUAUGUGAAGAAAUGCAAGAAUUAAGGAACGAAAAACAAAAACCUGUAUUAAUAUUGUAUAGUUUAAUUGACAAUAAAUAUAUGACUCUUUUAUAAAUAUUUUUCUACAAAAGGUUCAUAAAAAAAUGAAAUUUCACAAAAAAAAUAUGUAAUAAAAAUUGUCACUUAAUUUUUAAUAAAAUAAAUAUUUCUUUUUUA